UCCAAAAUGGCUCCUCCGACGAAAGGCGAGCUCACCGAUGCCGAGAAAGACCUCUACAAAGCGAUCCAGGCCGGCGAUGUCGCCGAGGCGCGAACGCUGGUGAACCGCGUGCGUAUCGACUGCCUCGACGAGCACGGGAUGACGCCGCUGCAGCACGCCGCGUACCGCGGCAACCACGACCUGUGCAAGCUGUUCCUCGAGUGCGGAGCCGACGUAAACUCGCACUACCACGACUCCGGCUACACGGCGCUCAUGUUCGCGGGCCUGGCCGGUCGAGCAGACGUGGUGAGCCUUCUGCUCGAGCACGGCGCCUCCACGACCGUCGUCAACUCGCUGGGCCGGACGGCGGCGCAGAUGGCCGCCUUCGUGAGCAACCACGACGUAGUGGCCAUCAUCAACAACUUCUUGCCCCGCGAGGAACUGGAAUACUACGCGCGGCGCCAGGGACUCGAGGAGCCCAAGCUGCCGGCGUCGCUGGUGGCACCCCUGUACCAGCUUAUCGUACGCACAAACAUCCACCCCGUUCGAGUCGCUCUUUACUUGCAAGAAAAACGCGAGCUUCUGGAUCAGUCGUCCAAGGUGGAGCGCGUGCUGAGCCUGCUCUGCGAGAGGCAGAUGAAGACCACCACCGCGAGCCCGAACGAGAUGCUCGCGCUCAAGUUCCACCACUUGGCCUUCCUCAUCAGGACGUGCUCCAAGUUUGUGCGCGACCGCGCCGCUGGCGGCAGCAAGCGCCGAAGGCGACGACAAGGUCCGGCAAAAAGGCGCCGUCGGGUCCUGCUCGAGCCGCUCAUCAAGACGUGGUUGCGCGGUCGAGACGAGGACGACUUCCCCGUGGUCCUGGAAAAGCUGCUGCGCCAGUCCGUGCGCGAGUUCCCCUACCACGAAUGCUCCAUCCUCCAACAGCUGGUGCACACGCUCUCCGGUGUCGAGGUUGGCAACGAGCCAAGUGCCAUCUCCAUUUUGGCCGAGGCCGUGCGUGGCCAGAAGGGUUUCGACCAAGGAGCCUCGUGCACGGCCUGCGGGGAACCGCAGGCCGACAAGCGCUGCUCCGCCUGCAAGUCCGUGCAGUACUGCGGAGUGCCCUGCCAGAAGUUGCACUGGUUCACGCACAAGCGUCACUGUGCUCGUCUGGCCGAGGAAUACAAGAAGGCUCUUGCCCAGAAAGAAGCCCAAGAGAAAGAGUCGACGACGGAGGAGCAGACUACCGAGGAAUCGUCCAACGGAUGCCCCGACGAGUCGGACAACACCCAGUCAACCAGUGAGUGUGCCAGUGGCACACCCAUAGAGACUGCUUGAGAAAGACCGACUGUGUUUGUUGAAUGAGAGAUUUUUGAAUGCUGGAGAAAAAGAAUGGGAGAAAGCUUGGCACAGGGAUGUGCACUGGUUGCAAGUUGCAGAGGCUCGAAAUAUUCCCCUUGCAAUGCACUUGUCAACCGUGGAAAGCCAAACAUACCUUUUCGGCCCAUGCACGAAAUGUACUUAAUUUCUUCUGUUCACCUGGGCAGCUGUUCGAUUUGCAGCUAGCUCUCACAAAACUUUGCAGUCGUAAAUGUUGCAAUGUCUUGAAUUUGGCUAGCACUACAAGUGAGCUGAUCAUGUUUUGGAAAACUGAAAUUGACUUCGCCUUUUCCGUGGAAUUAUACUAAAUGCCCAAUGUAGCUAGUUUAUGAAUCUGUUGCCAUGCCUCUAUUUCUAGUUAAUUUCAAAAUCAACCCUUUUUUCACUACUACUUUCAAAGGCCUAGAACACAGAGAAAUGCAAUGAGCUACUUAUCCAUUAAAAUCGUGCACUGGUAGUACGCAGCCAAGCAUUAAUUUCUGCAAAGGCCAGUGCUUCUAGUCAGAUGUGAAGCUUUCUCUAAUCAUUUCCCAAAUCACUACAGUUAAGGUCCACAAUUUGAGUGUUGUUUUAUUUGUUAGUGAUCUACUGUAACAUUGAAAGUUUGUGUUCUCUGUCAGAAUGUUUUCCACGCUUGCCUAGGCCAUUAUUUAAUGAAGCAUUAACUACUCAGCACUGUGAUUCUGAAUAAGUGUCCACCUAAAUAAAUGUAUUUGACUGUUGCUUGAA